AUGUCUUCCACCUCUACCCACACUCCCAACUUUGCCAAACUCAAUGACUCCAAUUACCCUACUUGGAGCGGUGAAAUGGCUGCGUGGUUGCGCUCUGCAAACCUUUGGAGACUUGUCAAUGGCAAGCUUCCACAGCCAAAGCUCUCUGGAUCACCUACAGCAGCUGAGCAAACCAAGCUAGACACUUGGGAGGCCAAUGCAGAGAAAGCAGCUGGUCAAAUCUAUUUGAUGGUGGAACCAGAUCAGCGCACUCACUUUGCUGGUGUGGUGGAUGACCCUAUCAAAAUGUGGGAACAGCUUGCAGCUGUUCAUCUGCAGAAGAAACCUGGAGCGCGUUUCAAUGCUUAUGAUGAUGUCUUCUCCAUCAGAAAGCAACCAGAGGAAUCACUUCAAGGGCUUGUCAAUAAGGUCAAUGCUGCCAUGCAGCGUGUUAAAGACCUUCGCCCUAAUGACUUUAAUCUGACAAAGCUGGAUGAAGAGUUAACCUCCAUGGCUAUGAUUCGUGCUCUUCCUGUGGAGGAAUAUGGCGCUUUUACCUCUGCGCUACUUCAGCGUGAUAUCCUGAGCAAAGAUGUUGUCACCCAGGCUUUUGUCACAGAGGAAAUCAAUCGUCGUCAUCGCACCACUUCCCCUCCCAAAGCAGAUCAAGCACUCACCACUGCUUCCUCCUCACAGCUCACCUGCGAUUUUUGUGAGGGCAAAGGACACACACAGUCCAAUUGCUAUGCUUUCCAGAAUGCUUCAAAGAAAGCCAAGAAAAAUCGCAAAGAGCGCCGCUCUAAGCGUGGAAACAAGGCAAAUGCUACUGCUGCUGCUGCUGCCACCCAGAAUACCACUCAGGUUGACCCUACCACUGUCACAGAGUCUGCUGGCAAAGCAAGUCUCUCUGACCCACUUCAGCUUGAUGCUGACUUUGACUGGAAUGCAGACACAGGCGCCACUUCUCAUAUGACACCUCAUCACCACUGGCUUAGAAAUUACAAACCUUUGGUCAUUCCAAUCAAACUCGCUGAUAACACCAUUGUCAUGUCUGCUGGGGUGGGAACAGUUGUAUUUAAUCCAGUGAUUGCAGGGAAAGCAGUCAGGCCUGUGGAAUUCACUAGGGUGCUGCAUGUCCCAAGGCUCAGGAACAAUCUCCUCUCUUGUCUGUAUUUAGUUCGUCAGAAAGGCUUCAGAAUUCACAUAGAGUCCAAGUUCAUGACCUUCCUUCACUCUCGUCAGACUCUAUUUGUUGCCUCUAUCACAGAGAACUACACUGCCUUUCUUGAUGGAACUGUACAACCAGCUCCAGAGUCUGCACAGGCUAUAACCACAGUCCCUCUUGAUUUAAAUCUCUGGCAUCGUCGCUUUGCUCAUCACAACUAUGCCGAUGUCCAAAAGAUGAUUAGAGAGGAGCUAGUGACUGGUCUUAUGCUGAAUUCAAAGCAGCAGCCUGACCCCAUUUGCAAACCAUGUCUGGCCGGUAAAAUGCAUGCCAAUCCCUUCCCUACAUCGGACAGUCAUGCCUCCAAACCCCUAGAAUUAAUUCACACAGAUGUCCAUGGACCUCUGCCUGUGUGUACACACUCAGGAUAUCGGUACUGGAUCACCUUCAUAGAUGAUUACAGCCGAUUCAGGGUUGUGCUAUUGCUAAAGGCUAAGAGUGAAGCCUUUGAUGCUUUCAAGCAGUAUAAAGCUUAUGCUGAAAAUCUGCUUGAAGCAAAAAUCAAGGCUGUCCAGGAUGACAAGGGUGGGGAGUACAUGUCCAAUGCCUUUAUACAGUUUACUCAGGAGGCAGGGAUUGAGCGCAGACAUACCACGCGCAAUAGACCACAGCAGAAUGGAGUUGCAGAGCGAGCUAAUCGCACAAUGGACAAUGACAUCACUGCUAUGCUAGCAGAGUCUAAACUGCCUCCUUCCUUCUGGGGAGAAUGCAUUGGAUCUAUGGUGCAUGUCUGGAACCGUCUGCCUACAGCAGUGGUGAAGGGUGCAACUCCCUAUGAGCUGUGGUACAAGCGGAAGCCAGAUGUCAGCCAUCUUCGUGUUUGGGGCUGUACUGCCUAUGUGCAUGUGCAGAAGGAUCAGCGUACAGGUCUGGGACCACACAUGCAGAAAUGCGUGUUUAUUGGUUAUCCUGCAGGAUACAAGGGGUGGAAGUUCUACAAUCCUGACACCAAAAAGACUAUAAUCUCAGAACGUGCUGAUUUUGAUGAGCGCUACUUCCCUGGCCUCAAAUGCACUUCUGAUAUUCCUCCUCCACCCCCUAUGUCAUUUCCACCUGCAGACAUUAUUCCUCUACCUGUAGCACCUGUACCUGGACAGGAUUUAGGGGGAGAUGGUGCACAUGUGCCAAAUCCUAUACCCGGUCCAGUUGCUUCAGAAGCUGAUCCACCUGCACCACCUGCACCACCUGCACCUGAGCAUCCAGUAACUCCACCACCACCAGAUCCUUCAGAGCAUCAUAGAGUUCCAACUCCUCCUCCAUUUGAACCUAUAGAUCAUCGUCCAAUUGCUCAGCGCCGGGUACCUCGCAACAUUAGGCCCACCUGGAAAAUGCGAACUUCACCACCACCUAUGCAGGAUGCAGAGUCUGAGGACGAGUUGGAUGUGAUAGAUGCAGAUGCUGACUUUGUUGAAGUCCAGUUUGCUGGUCUAUCUGCUGGAGCAGACCCUCGGACCUAUAAACAGGCUAUGGGCAGUCCUGAUGCUGAUAAGUGGCAGCAAGCAGCCAAUGAAGAGAUUGUGUCUCUAAUGGCCAAUAACACAUGGGACAUUGUUCCACUGCCACCAGGCAAAAGGGCAAUAGGCUCAGGCUGGGUGUUCAAGGUGAAGCACAAUGCAGAUGGUUCUGUAGAGCACUAUAAAGGCAGACUAGUCGCCAAGGGUUACAGUCAACGCCCUGGCUUUGACUACACAGAAGUCUUUGCUCCCACAUUCCGUCAACCUGCAUUGCGCCUUAUUCUAGCUCUUGCUGCAGCAGAGGAUCUAGAACUUCACUCUGUGGAUAUCUCAUCUGCCUUCCUAAAUGGAGACUUGGAGGAAGAGAUCUACAUGCAACAACCUGAGGGGUUUCACCAGGGUGGUCCAGAAAUGGUCUGCAGGCUAAAUAAGUCACUCUAUGGCUUGAAGCAAGGUGCACGCCAGUGGAACAAGAAGCUUCAUGAGGUGCUCACCAAAAUGGGCUUCACUCGUCUUCAGUCUGACAGAAGCAUCUAUGUGUACAUUAGGGGAGAUGUGCGCAUUAUUGUCCCAGUCUUUAUAGACGAUAUGACACUUGCUUCAAAGUCCAAGAAGGCACUUGAUGACACUGUCAAGGAGUUAAAGUCAUAUUUUAAACUCCGAGACCUUGGAUCUACCCAGUUUCUGCUGGGCAUAGACAUCAAAAGAGACCGUGCAAAGCAUACCAUUUCACUCUCACAGCGCCAGUAUAUAGUGGAUAUGCUGGAGCGUUAUGGUCUCUCUGACUGCAAGUCUGUCAGCACUCCUAUGGAUCCUGGAGCAGAGCUUUCAAAGGCCCUUGCACCUCAGACACAGGAAGAGGCAGAAUAUAUGCACAAAGUGCCUUAUCUCAGUGCUGUAGGGGCACUGAUGUAUUUGGCCAUCACCACUCGUCCAGACAUCAUGUUUGCCAUUGGAUGUCUUGCGCGUUUUAAUGCCAAUCCUGGUCCUGCACAUUGGAUUGCUGUGAAGCAUGUCUUCCACUAUCUGAAGGGCACAAUGGACUUAAGGCUGCACUAUGGUCCCAGUGAUGUAAAGGAGUUCUUCCUAACCUACACGGACUCAGACUUUGGUGGUGAGAGGGAUAACCGUCGCUCCACUGGUGGUUACCUUGUAAAAGUGGGCACAGGUGCUAUUAGCUGGAGUAGCAAGCUUCAGUCCCUUAUUGCCCAAUCCACCACAGAAGCCGAGUACAUUGCUGCAGUUGAAGCAGGAAAGGAAAUCCUCUGGAUGCGUAAUCUUCUCACAGAACUGGGGUAUACAGUGUCCAAAGCCUCUACACUUUACAUGGACAAUCAGUCUGCAAUCAGUGUCUCUAAAAAUCCAGAACAUCAUGGCAGAAUGAAGCACUUGGAUCUGCGCUUCUUCUGGCUUCGAGACACCGUGGAGGCAGGUCGAAUUGCACCAGUAUAUAUUCCUACUGCAGAGAUGAUAGCGGACAUUUUGACAAAGCCCUUGCCAGCGACAAAGAUUAUCUACUGCCGCAAGAUGAUGGGCUUGAGGAUCUAA